GUUGAGCCUUCUGAUACUAUAGAAAAUGUCAAAGCUAAGAUCCAGGAUAAGGAAGGCAUUCCUCCUGAUCAGCAGCGACUGAUCUUUGCUGGAAAGCAGCUCGAGGAUGGACGCACACUGUCUGACUACAAUAUCCAAAAAGAAUCAACUCUUCACCUUGUGCUGAGACUUCGUGGUGGUGCCAAGAAAAGAAAGAAGAAGUCUUACACAACCCCCAAGAAGAAUAAGCAUAAGAGAAAGAAGGUUAAGCUUGCAGUGCUGAAGUACUACAAGGUGGAUGAGAACGGCAAGAUCAGCCGUCUACGCCGGGAGUGCCCCUCUGAGGAGUGUGGGGCCGGAGUCUUCAUGGCAAGUCACUUCGACAGACACUACUGUGGCAAGUGCUGUCUGACAUACUGCUUCAAUAAACCAGAAGACAAGUAAAUGUACUAGACAAUAAAAAUCUGAACUUC